AUGCUCGAGGGAGGCGGACGCCGCGCCCGCCCGCGCAUGUGCCCCAUGGGCCAUGGCAGAGAGAGAAAACGUAGGUGUGCUGCUUGUGACUUGUGUCCGGACGAUGUCUCUGUCCGCCCGGACAACUCCGGAACACCCCCGGGCUACCGGGCGGCCGCCCGCCGAAUGACGCUCCCUGGCUCAGUAGCUUGGCCUGAUACUAGUGCCCCCGACAACUUUCCAAACUUGCGGUCGGGAGUCUCCCUGGAAAGUAUCUGCUUGUCAUCUCGGCUCGCUUCUCUUAGCAAGGAAGUCUGA